ACCCCGGCCGAAGCGGCGGUGACUGGCAUGGCAGAGGCGCGGCCGGGGCCGGCGAUGGCGACCGGGCUGCAGCUGAGCGCGCUGCCAGACCAUUCUCCGCUGCUGCAGCCGAGCCUGGCCGAGCUGCGACGCCGGGCGCGGGCAGUGGGCGCUCCGCUCGCGAAGCUGCCGCUCACCGACUCCUUCCUGCUGCGCUUCCUGCGCGCCCGGGACUUCGACCUCGACCUGGCCUGGAGGUUACUAAAAAACUAUUAUAAGUGGAGAGAAGAAUGUCCGGAAAUAAGUGCAGAUCUACACCCUGGCAGCGUUCUUGGCCUCCUGAGGGCUGGCUACCUUGGAGUCCUGAGAGCCAGGGAUUCCACUGGCAGCAGAGUUCUCAUUUACAGAAUCACAUACUGGGACCCAAAAGUUUUUACAGCUUAUGAUGUAUUCCGUUUAAGUCUAAUCACAUCCGAGCUUAUUGUACAGGAGGUAGAAACCCAGCGGAACGGAAUCAAGGUUAUCUUUGAUCUGGAAGGCUGGCAUUUUUCUCAUGCUUUUCAAAUUACACCAUCUGUAGCAAAGAAGAUUGCUGCUGUUCUUACAGAUUCCUUUCCAUUGAAAGUUCGUGGUAUCCACUUGAUAAGAGCGCCAAUAAUUUUUCAUGCUGUCUUUUCCAUGAUUAAACCAUUUCUGACUGAAAAAAUUAAGGAACGGAUUCAUAUUCAUGGGACUAAUUACAAACAAAGCUUACUUCAGCAUUUCCCAGACAUUCUUCCUCUGGAAUAUGGCGGUGAAGGAUUCUCCAUGGAGGACAUUUGUCAAGAGUGGACGCAUUUUAUAAUGAAGUCUGAAAAUUAUCUCAGCAGUAUUUCACAGACCAUUUAAUGAGAAGUUAUUUCAUGUGAAUGAAAGAAGAAAAGUCUUUUCGACUAAUUAAUGCUUGUCUGAUUGAUCUUUUGUAAAAAUCUUCUGAUAUGAGCCACAUAGGUAUUUAGGAAACUACUUUUUAAAUGCAUUUACCUUUGAAGUAAUUAUAUGUUAAUAUAUCCGAUACCUUGAAAGUGAUCUAUAAAGUAGCUAUUCAUGAGUGCCUUUCUAUGUUUCUGGAAAGUUUCAUUUUAAGCAAGUUCUCUGAGUACAUUUGUUUAGAAACAAAGAUAUAAAUAGUCCACUAAAAAGAAUUAUUAGCACAAUUCAACUGAUGACAAAAAUCUAUUAACACUCAUUUUGGGUAGGUGUCAGAUUAGUUUAUAAGUCAGAUUGAAAUCUGAAUAUGAAUUUACUUUAUUGUGGCCAGAAAAAUAGUUCCUCUCAGGGAAAUUCUACUUUAGUAUAUUUGCACAAUAGAACUCUUGAUUGUAGAGUCUAAAUAUCAUAAAUUAUUGUAUGUAGCAUCUAUGGUCCUUUAUAGAAAUAAAUCAUAGUGAUACCAUUUUGAAAAUAAUUUUUAAAAUAUUUCAGGCAGACUUAAAGACUUCUUAAUACUGUGUCUGCAUUUUAAAACAAACCAAUAAUGGAAUUUUGACUUUGAUUAUGCUUAUCAUGAUUGCACAGAUAUUUAGAGAUAGAAUAAUAUUUAGUUGUAUACACAAUCUCUCUUUUUAAUGGAACAAUAACACAACAACAAAAGAAAAAUGAUAUGUCUACGUUUUUAAAUCUCUGUCAAAUGCACUGGAAUUUUGGGGAUUAUGUAUGAAAUAAUUUGAAUUUUAUUAUUAUCUCAGAAUAUUCAAGCCAAAUCCUAUAAUUCACAUUUACUUAAAAAAAUCAGUAGUUGAAAUGUGAUGUUUGUACUAUAGCUCAUAACAAAGUAUAUUUCAUUUAUUGAGAAAGAUAUAAAGGUGUGGCUUUCAACUUAUGACAGUUUAUAUAAUUUUAAAAACUCAAAAAUUAAGAACACACUGAAAAAUUUGUCAGAUAUUUGUUCGGCUUAGAUGGGUUUCUAGAUAAAUCAUACAAUAGUAUCUUUGUGAAAGAGCAUGUGAAGGAUUUUUUCUUUAUAAGAAAAUUAUUCUAAUCAGGUGAGCUGAUACUUAUUUUCUGUACAUAUAUCUAUGAUGAAAUUCAGAGCAAUUGUCAAUGUUCUUUAGAGAACGUGUUUUCUUUUAAUUUAUCAUUGGGAAACUAAUUUUACAUUAUAAUUUUUAUUAAAAGUUAGAUGGUGCCUGUUUUCUAAAGAAAAAAGUUAUUCUUCUUCACAACAAAACCAUUUAGAAAGAGUAAGCAAUAGUAACAAAAGGCUCUGGUUUAUCCAACUUUCAUUCCUGGAAGGAGGUUUGCAUGGCAAAGUACCUUUUCACUUACACUUGGGUAAUUAAAACACUUUUGCAUGGCUCUGUAAAACAAUGAUUAUGUUAGCACAUGAACAAUGGAUAACAUUUAAAAAUAUCUUUUAAAUGUGAUUCAUUAGUGAAGUUAUUAACAGUAAAUAGAAAUAAAAUAAGUCAAUCAAUAGAGGGACAUUUUAUAAUGGGACCUUGAAAUCUUAACCAAAUGCAGCAAUUCACUGAAGAACAUUAGAAGAACAAUGUGAAAUGAGCAGGCAAUUUUAUAAGGUGGCAAGAUAAAUAGCUAUUGAAUUGUCUAUAUUACUUAAAUGUAAUUGCAGUAGAAGUGCCUUUUAAAGAUUAUCUCUAGCACUUAUUGUGUUACUGAACUGCACAAUAAUUUAUGUUUGAAUAUUGUU